UUAAUGACUAUUUAAAAUAAAUAAUGAAUCAAUCUUUAUCUCUAGGUGAUUAUACAGAAAAUCUUUUAGAUCAGCAUGAUGCUGAAAUAGAAAAAAUGAAACAAAUUUAUGAAAAAUAUCAAGAACUUUUCACAAAAGUUAGUAAAAGGCAACAGUUGUGGAAUAGAAUGUUGGAAUUUGAAAAAAAAGCAAGUGAUCCAAACAGAUUCAAUAAUCGUGGUGGUGCAUUAUUACAAGAAGAAAAAGAAAGGAAAAAAUUAUUAAAACAACUACCUAUGCUUGAGAAAGAAUUGAUGACUCAUAUUGCUGAGUGGGAGAAAAAAGAAGGUCAAGAAUUUCGUGUUUUUGGACGAAAUUUUAGUAAUUUCAUAACAGAGCAAUGGGAGCAACAUCAACUGGAAAAAGAAAAAGAAAAAUUGGAGAGACAUCGUCAAAAAGCUAAAUUGCUGGAAGAAGAAAUUGCCUGUGGUAGCCGACCGACUCCAGUUAAGAGGCGGAUGGGAACUACUCCAAACAAAACACCAAAUAAAUGUCGUCGUUUAGGAGGUCAGAACGGUACUCCAAGUUAUCUGAAUAGUAUUCAGGCUAUUCCUAUAUCAUCUAUGGUUGCUUAUUCACCAGUAUCUGCAACUCCUAAGAGACGUUCACCGCGACUUCUCUGUAGUCAUAAGAAGACACCAAUCAAAUCAACUCCAGGAAAAACUGGGACAAUAAAACGAGAAGUACUUGUUGAAAGAAAUGAAAAUAUAAAUUUAGGAAAUAGAAAAGGUACACCAAGUAUAAGUCCAGCUCCAUCAUUAGUUAGUGUAGCAUCAUAUUCAGACUUCACUGGUGUGGCCGAGUUAUCCAGAGUGCCGGGUUAUCGAGAGCCGAGUUUUCGAGGUUCUACUGUACUUAUUUUUGUGACAAAUAGAAAUGUUGAUAGAAAUCUUAACUAAGCUUUUUUGAACCAUUGCCUGGUGGCAUGCUCACUCUCAGAACCUUCACCAAGUUUUCUUGAUAAUACAGUGAAGCAACCCGAGGUAUGUCUCUGCUUAUACUUGUAAAAGAAAAUUAUUCGUUUUCAUUUUUUCCAUGCCAUCAGAAAAAUACUCUUACUCUUAAA